UGAGGUUGUAGAAUAAUGGGAAAUGCUCAAAAUUGCAUGUGGAGUUUCUUUCAGCAGCUUGGCAAGGAUGGCACACUUAAAAUGUAUAGAUAUCGGUAUUAACCUAACGGACCCUAUGUUUCGAGGAGUUUAUAGAGGAACUCAAAAACACCAAGGUGACUUUGAUCAGAUAAUUGACCGUGCUGUCAAAGUGGGAGUCCAAAAGUUCAUGAUCACGGGGGGAAAUCUUGAAGACAGCAAGGAGGCCCUCAAAUUAGCAGAGUCCAGAGAGGAAUUUUACAGUACGGUUGGAUGUCAUCCAACACGCUGCAGCGAGUUUGAACAGAGUGGACCAGAUCAGUACUUCACAUCACUGAGGGAGUUGGCAACAUCAAACAAGGGCAAGGUGGUGGCCAUUGGAGAAUGUGGAUUAGAUUUUGACAGGUUGGAAUUCUGUCCAAAAGAAACUCAAAUGAAGUAUUUUGAGAAGCAGUUCGACUUGGCUGAGGAAACCAAACUGCCAAUGUUCCUUCACUGCAGAAACUCGCAUAAGGACUUCCUUGACAUCAUGAAGAGAAACAGAGACCGAUGUGUCGGAGGUGUGGUCCAUUCUUUUGAUGGAACUAAAGAAGAUGCUGCUGCCCUCACUGAACUGGAUCUAUAUAUUGGCAUAAACGGCUGUUCUUUGAAAACAGGAGCAAAUAUUGAAGCGAUGAAGUCCAUUCCCAGUGAAAGACUGAUGAUUGAGACAGAUGCUCCAUGGUGUGGGGUGAAGAACACUCAUGCGGGGGCCAAGCACAUCAAAACUACAUUUCCCACCAAGAAGAAAUGGGAGGCAGGACACUGCUUGAAGGACAGGAACGAGCCUUGCCAUAUCAUACAAGUGCUUGAAAUCAUGGCUGCUGCAAGGAAUGAGGAUCCUGUGGAGAUGGCAAACAUCAUUUACAACACCACUAUGAAAGUGUUCUUUACUGGAAGCUGAUUACUUUUCCCAAAAUACAUUUCCCGGACCUAAUUUGAAAAUGCCUUUUGCCCUUAAGGAAGAGCAUUUCAUGCUACUCUUCAAGAGUGGUUUAUGUUUACACCAUCUGCCAACUGGCUCCAACUGCUCAUGUUAGCACUUGCUGGUGUCAAUCAGUGAAGUCCUCAGAAAAAAACCUUAUCACUAACUUUGCAUGGAGAAUUUAGAUAGCAUGGCCUUAAAAUGCCUAUUUGCUCUGUUCCAUCUGACUGUGCAAUCCACUGUUUCAUCAGCCCAGGGAGGGACGUUAUAAACUUGAUCUCCACAAUAAAAAGAAUCUAGACAUUA